UCGCGGGACCGCGCCGGCAGACGGGCUCUCGGGUGGCCCUUGCCGGAGAAGAGGAGUUGCAUGUGUCGCUUGAGCUGGCGGUAGUGGCGGGAGCGGAGGCGUCGGCGGCUGUACGACCGCCUGGGUGUGUGAGAUGGCCGCUGACAUUUCCGAAGCCGGGGGGCAGGACUGCAAAGGCGACACCAGGAGCAACACCAAGUUAGACGCAGAUUACCCGCUGCGAGUCCUUUACUGCGGAGUCUGUUCAUUACCAACAGAGUACUGUGAAUAUAUGCCUGAUGUUGCUAAAUGUAGACAGUGGUUAGAGAAGAACUUUCCCAAUGAGUUUGCAAAACUCACUGUAGAAAACUCACCCAAACAAGAAGCUGGAAUUAGUGAAGGUCAAGGAACAGCAGGGGAAGAGGAAGAGAAGAAAAAACAAAAGAGAGGUGGAAGGGGUCAAAUAAAACAAAAAAAGAAGACUGUGCCGCAGAAGGUUACAAUAGCCAAAAUUCCCAGAGCAAAGAAGAAAUACGUAACAAGGGUGUGUGGCCUUGCAACUUUUGAAAUUGAUCUGAAAGAAGCACAAAGAUUUUUUGCUCAAAAGUUCUCCUGUGGCGCCUCAGUGACAGGGGAGGACGAGAUCAUCAUUCAGGGAGACUUCACGGACGACAUCAUCGACGUCAUUCAGGAGAAGUGGCCAGAGGUGGAUGAUGAUAGCAUUGAAGAUCUUGGCGAAGUGAAGAAGUGAUUUUGAAAAUUUGUCUGUAUUUAAUGGUCUGAACUGAGAGUUGAUACAGCCAAAGGGGGAGAGGCCUUUUGAAAAAAAAAAAAAUUAUUUAUCCUACAGUCAAACUGUAGGCUCCCCUCGCCCCGGCGUCUUCACUGUUCUGUGCGAGGCUGCUUGUUUUUUUUAUUGCCAAAGUCUAAUUAACAGGGGAGACUGUCAUGCUUAUGCAUGAAAUAGAAUUUAGUCAAAUAAAACUUUUUGGUCACUUGGUACUGACUUCUCUUUCUCUCUUUUAAACUUUUUAUUUUUGGAAAAACACUGUAGACUUUUUGUGGGAAGUUUAUCUGUUUUUUCUUAAUGGUCAUGAUUUAAUCAAAUCAUGAUUCAAAACUGAAUAAUGUUUUAAAGAACUUUAAUUUGGCUUCAUCACCAGUAAUAACUAUCUCCUUGCUUCUUUGGUGUGUUAGUUGUGAGAUGCUUGAGCAUCUGAUAGAUUUGUGGGUGAAUUGGCUUCAUUGUUACCAACCAAGUCCACUAUGUGGGCACAUCUGCAUCCUGUUGGUAGGAGCUGUUCAAGCUAUUCUGGAUGUUAUUUGGUGAAGUAUAUUAAAAGCCUUAACACCAUCUGCACUGUUUGACCCCUUAAGCCACUUCUUCGACAUUACCCUAAAGAUGUAAGUUUUGUGUUCAUCACGAUGUUGCUCAUCAAAAAAAUUGCAAAUGAUAUAAAUGAACAGUCGGGAGAUGGUUAAAGAAACAAUGGCGCCUUAUGUGGCAGAAUAUCAUGCAUUGUUCUGAGUGGAAGGCCACUCACAGAGGCUGAGUUCUGGUUCUGGCCAUGCAUUAUGAUGUGAAAUUCUGCUAACCAGUUGCAGGUAUUACAAACCCACGCUCAAUAUAUUGUCUGGGAAAUAGCAAUUGAAACAUGUUUUCCUCACAAGAGAAACUGAUCAUUUUACUGAACGCACUAAAUGAAUUUAAACUUUGUUUUUAUAAAGGUCUUAAGUCAGGUGCUGCAAACUGAAAAGAAGACUCACGGUGUCUCAAGCACUCCAGAUGCCUGCGGAAGUUUAGAACCUGUUGGUGGUUGCCAUUGCAAAUUACAAUCUGGAAUGAAUGUUUUUUUAAAUAAUUAAAAUCUUAGAAUGUGUAGUAAAGAUGUAAAUUUUAAAGAAAUUCUGCAUUAACUGUGAAUUUUACUAAAUAUUAUUAUCUGAUAAAGCAAAUGUAUCCAUCGAGACCAUUUGGUACGUGUUACGUAUGCUGUUGGUGCUGGGAGAUGCCUGUGUGCCUGUAUCGACACAUGGGACUUCAUGUAAAGAUUCUUAAUGUUCGCAGUUCUGGGCAAAUGCAGUUUCAAUCCAUAAAUAGCCCCCAGUGGGUGUCACUGCAGAAAAAUGCAGGAUUAAAUCGUCCUUGUGUAUAACACGUGUGAAUCUCUUUUCUUUGACCUGAAUUUAAAUUGCAGCGUAGUUUAAUCUCUUAUUAAAAUGUACUAACGGAACAAGGAUUGACUUUAAUUCAUACAUUCUUUUUAUGUGUGUUUUAUGGAAUGUUUUGACAGUUUAGUAUUUUUAGCAAAAAGAAUACUAAUCCUUAAACAGCCUAAUCUCAUAAUAUGUGUAAGAGAUUUGCCAUGACUAA